GCGUGCGCCUGACGCAGUUUGUCUGACCUUUUCACUCUUUUCUUCCUCCUCCUCUUCUUUUCUAUACUUUCAAAACGCGCAACACGUUUUAUAGACGUCUCUUUUUCUCGACGCUCUUUGUUUGACACGAGUUGUACACGUGCUUCUGGACUAAUCUACACUGCCUCCCUCACUUUACUCUGCCCUAGUAUUAGGUAGCAUACGCCCUAUCCGACGUAGACCAGGUCUGGUAGUACCGAAUAAUCCAUAUCUUUUGUCUCUUCUGCUGGAAUAGCUGGCCGUGCCCUUCAUCGACAGAUCGCGGCCUGGCUGGAGCGGCGCCUAGUCCCGGUAGCUAGAUGGCUCUCAUUGUGGAUAUUGUGCGAUCGGUCCUGUGCACGUCGUGGCUUAACCUUUUGCUUGUCUUUGUUCCUGUCGGAUAUGUUUCUUAUUUCAUCGGCCUCAACUCUACGAUAAUCUUCGUCUUCAACGCUCUCGCUAUUGUACCUUUAUCGUCUUUACUUACCGACGUCACGGAGAAGAUUGCCAGCGAUGCUGGCGAUACCAUUGGUGCCAUCCUCAACAUCAGCCUCGGCAACCUUGUCGAGCUGAUAUUAUUUGUCGCCCUCAAGAAUGACCAAAUCCGAGUCGUCCAAGCGUCCAUUCUUGGAUCUAUUCUUGUGAAUCUGCUCUUGAUUCUGGGCUCGGCGCUUCUAACGACCAAGCUCCCCGACCAAGAGUUCCUCCACGAUGCCGCCGGCACACAGCUACUCGGAUCGCUGCUGUUUGUGUCGGUGUUUACUUUCUUGAUGCCUACUGCCUUUGACCACACAUUCAGAGGACAAGAAGGCGCUGAGGGCAUGAGCCUGAAGAUGAGCAGAAUAUCUGCUGUCAUGAUCCUGCUCAUUUACAUCCUUUACUUUUUCCACGAAAUCAAAUCUCGCACGCCCCCUCACGACCUCGAAGCCGUACCCCACGACGAAGACGCCGACGACGUUACGUUGAUACACGACGCUGAUCAGGUCCCUCUUCGACCUAUGCCUCUUUCUUCAGAAACCCUACACGCUUCGCAAGCCACCCACAGAGUCGUCAGAUUCGUCGACGUUAGCCCCAUAUCAGAACAUGCUCCUCUGAAAGAUGGCGAGCGGGAUAGCUUGGACGGUCUAGACCACGAGACUGAGCUGGAAAACGAAGACUAUCUCGAAAACGGAGAGCCAAAGGAAGAAGCAGGAGAGGGCUUCCAAAACUCUCGACGAGCCAGGACACGAGGCCGCUCAUUAUCGUUGGGCUCAAGCAGGGGAGCACUGAGCGAGACGUCGGAAGGAGGAGACCGAACGGAACUGAUGGCGCCAUAUCUCACGACGAGACAGAUUCUUCGCGACAGCCACGUCAACCUCGACCGUAUCGUCGCCAAGCCGAAGCGAGUCUCGUUUGGACCCAGGAUCGAUCGCAUCAUCUCCUACGUGAUGCUCAUCAUCACGUCAGCGCUCAUGUCCGUGUCCGCCGAGUUCCUCGCCAGCGCCAUCGACGAUGUGAUUCGACAGGGCCACCUCUCAGAGUCUCUCAUUGGUCUGAUCAUCAUGCCAAUUAUCGGAAACGUCGCCGAGUACGCCACUGUGGUUAUUGUCGCCGCAAGAGACAACAUGGGUCUUGCACUGGCGGUUUCUGUGGGCUCGUCUAUCCAGAUUGCAUUGUGUGUGACCCCCUUGACGAUUAUUGCGGGCUGGAUCAUGGAUCGUCCGUUGAUGUUGACCUUCAACCUGUUUGAGAUCGCCACGCUGUUUGGAUCGGUCUUGUUGGUGAACUUUUUGAUUUUGGGCGAAGGCGUCAGUGGUCCGCUGCGGUCCAGUGGGCUGAAGGGUGGCCUGAUGUGUGCAUGUUAUGUGAUUAUUGGACUUGGGGCUUUUCUGUCUCCUUAAUACAAUUGGCGAUAUCGGACCUGUUUUUAUAUAUAGAGCUUAUGCAUUGGAAGCCGAGCCAAAUGAUUAGAUGCAUCAAAUAGAGAUAAUCAUAAUGAAGAAAUUAAACAAGUAAAACUA